AUGUACUGUGCAGAGAAGGGUCUAAUCCUCAUAAAUGCUCAUGUUGCUGAACGUAUAAGAAUGGUAACAAAGAGGAGUCACCAGUUAUGUCAGUUUGUUAUUGGAGAACCGUUAGCAGCCUUAAGUACUGUACGACCUGACCUUUGUCAAUAUUGGUUUUCGUCCAAGUUUCUCCAUUUCAAUUUCAUCAGAUCAUACUCUAAGAUGGAACAUCAUCAUAUUGCAAUUCCGAUUCCAGUCACAGAUCACCAUCUCCCAGAACUGGAAAUGGUAAAAGCUUCGAAGCUGAAAAAACUCUGUUGUGAUCGUUGUUGCUAUUUCUCCAAACAAGAACAUAAUGUUUCUGAUUCAGAACAACGAUCCAGAUCUACAGCCAAGCUCUCUGGACUCAUAUUCUUUUACAUAAUCGCAAUGGCAGUUGAGAUUAUCGGAGGUUUAAAAUCAAAUAGUUUAGCUGUUCUUUCAGAUGCAGCUCAUUUACUCACUGACAUUGGUGGAUUCUCAAUCUCUCUGGUUUCUGUUUGGGCUUCAGUUGGGAAAGCAACUCCACAUCAGUCAUUUGGAUUCAGUCGAAUCGAGGUUUUGGGUGCUCUUUUAUCUGUACAAAUGAUUUGGGUCAUUUCUGGGUACUUGAUCUCCGAAGCAAUCAAAAGAAUCAUUCAUAAACAAUCAGACGUGAAUGGUGGAUUAAUGUUUGCCAUUUCAGCUUUUGGUUUUGUAAUCAACUUCAUCAUGGUCAUCUGGCUAGGUCAUGAUCAUGGUCAUGGUCAUGGACAUGGACAUGAUCAUGAUCAUGGGCAUGAUGUGAAUGAAGAAGAGAGUUCAAAUCUGGUGGAGUCAACUUCUAAAGGAAAGAGUGGGAGAAUGAACAUAAACAUUGAAGGGGCAUAUUUGCAUGUGAUAUCGGAUAUGAUUCAAUCGAUUGGAGUGAUGAUAGCUGGAUUGGUGAUAUGGUUGAAACCAGAUUGGUUAAUGGUUGAUUUGGUUUGUACUUUGAUCUCCUCUGUUUUUGCUCUAGCUACAACUCUACCAAUGGUUAAAAACAUAAUUUCUAUAUUAAUGGAGAGCACACCAAGUGAAUUCGAUGUUGUUAGUUUGAAAAAAGAUUUAAACAGCAUCAAUGGAGUUGAUGAUGUUCAUGAUCUACAUGUGUGGGCAAUCACAAGGGGAAAAAUAGUAUUAUCUUGUCAUGUAACAAUCAAAACAAAUAUCGAUUCGAAUGAAAUUCUUCACAAAGUUAAAGAUUUAUGUGAAGUUUCACACUAUUUCCUUUAUGUAAAUGAACAAAGAAGCAAGAACUAA